AUGAUUCGGUCCAUCCAAGCAGCCAAGCGAUUAGAUUCAAGAGAAAACCCCACUGUUCAAGUGGACCUGACGAUAGAUAAAGGCAAGUCGACACCAAGCACUUUCCGCGCUCUCGUUCCUUCUGGUGCUUCUACAGGCGCGAGUGAAGCUACCGAGUUAAGGGAUAACAAGCCGUCUGUUUAUGGCAGGAAGGGUGUAGAUACAACAGUACAGAAUGUAGAGAAGGUUAUUGCACCUGCUUUGAUCAAGAGUGGGCUCAGGGUAGAUACGGACCAGAGAAAGAUCGAUGCGCUCCUCAAGCACUUAGACGGUACCAAGAAUAAAAGUAAACUGGGAGCCAAUGCUAUCCUGGGGACUAGUAGGGCAUGUGCUAGAGCAGGGGCAGCGUAUUUGGAUAUACCCCUGUACGAGUUCCUUCGCCAGGAAUCAGGAGCAAAGAAGCCUUACGUGAUGCCCGUUCCAUUCUUCAAUGUACUUAACGGGGGAGUGCAUUCGGGCAACAAGUUGGCAUUUCAGGAGACCAUGAUUGCUCCCGUCGGCGCCACUUCUAUUACCGAAGCCGUACGUAUGGGCAGCGAAGUCUACCAGCAGCUUAAGAAAAUCAUUGUCAAGAAAUUCGGUCCCGCAGCGGCCGGCGUUGGUGAUGAAAGAGGAUUUGCUCCGCCAAUUUCGCAGCCCCACGAAGCUCUUGAGCUUCUUACCGAAGCUGUUGCAGACUGCGGAUAUAGUGACAAGGUUAGGUUUGCUAUUGAUCCUGCCUCAAGUGAGUUUUUCCGGGAUGGAAAGUAUGAUCUCGGAUUCAAGGGCAGCACUUCAGAUGACCGGACUCCAAAGCAGCUCAGGGAGUUGUAUCGUUCAUUGCUGGAAAAGUAUCCUAUUGUAUUGCUUGAGGACCCCUUUUCAGAGAACGACUGGGACAAUUGGAACGAGUUUAACAAAGGAUGUGAAGUUGAUUUGGUCGGGGAUGACUUGCUAGUUAAAAACACGGAAUAUGUACAGGAGGCAAACGACAAAAAAGCAUGCAAUUCUAUGUUGCUCAAGAUCAACCAAAUCGGAACCAUCGCGGAAGCAAUUGCAGCUGCAAAUCUGGCUUACAGUUUCAACUGGAGCGUUUUUGUGUCACAUCGGUCCGGUGAAACUCUUGAUGACUUUAUUGCAGACCUUGCGGUUGGUCUUCGGGCCGGUCACUUGAAGUCUGGCGCACCUUGCCGUGGGGAGAGGGUCGCUAAGUACAAUCGACUUUUGGAUAUUGAGGCAGAUCUCAGGGCCAAGGGCGAGACCAGUCUGUAUGCUGGUACUCAGUUUCGGGUGGCACACAAGAUAUAG